AUUAAUCCAGAAAAAAAAAAAAAAGGAGAGAGUUGAGAUUUCGCUUCUCACUCUCACCACUGCGCUGAGUCGAAGGAAAAACUAGGAACACUACGCCGCCAUGGAGGAUGAGGUUCGCAAGAUCUUCAACAAGUUUGACAAAAAUGGCGACGGCAAGAUCUCUUGCUCUGAGCUGAAGGAGAUGCUGUUGGCACUAGGAUCCAAAACGAGUUCCGACGAGGUUCGCCGCAUGAUGGAGGAGAUCGACCAGAACGGCGAUGGUUACAUCGACAUCAAGGAGUUCGCCGAUUUCCACUGCACCGGCACCGUGGCCGACGAAUCCAAGGAGCUUAGGGACGCCUUUGACCUCUACGAUCUCGACAAGAAUGGUCUCAUCUCCGCCGCGGAGCUCCACGCCGUACUCAAGCGCCUCGGCGAGAAGUGCUCCCUCUCUGACUGCCGCCGCAUGAUCAAGAACGUUGAUGCUGACGGCGACGGCAACGUCAACUUCGAGGAGUUCAAGAAGAUGAUGGCUCGCUCCUGAAAAUUCGGAACCAAACCGUUAUAAAUCGGAAUCCAUUGAAAAAAACGGUGCGUCUUCGCAUCCAGAAACUCUCGUUUUUUUUUAGGUACCUAACGUAACAAGUUGUAAAUAUAGUUGUUAGUAACUGUUCUCUAUAUACUUCACUCGUUCUACGGUUGAUUUUAGGUGUUAGGUUAUAACUUGAUGAUGAAGAAGAAGCAUUAGUAGUGUUUUUAGGAGUUAGUUGAUUUUCUAGUUAAAUGCUGAAAUAACCUGCUUGCUUUGCGUAGAAACUGUGAUUGCUUUCUUUCUUAUCAAGUCUCAUGCACUUUUAUAUUUUAUUUUAUUUUACUUUUUCAUUUUUUAUUCUCCUAAAGUCUGUUCUUGUAAUCUCUGCACAUUGUUGUGGAAGAUGAUUACUUUUA